AUGAGAGUCAGUCAGCACACAUACGACAGAGAGACAUCGAGAGAGAGAAAGCCGGAUGAGAAUAGCCACCUCCACGUACGUCUGUGUGUGUGUGUGUGUGUGUGUGUAGGCGUACCGUUUUGUGCGUGACAUGAAGGUGAUCGCCUCUCUCUUCAAGGAGGAGAGGCAAGAGGAGCUCCUCCACUUCUUUUACGAUCUCACUUAUAAGGAGAAAGCUACCAUGGAAGUAAGCACGUGAGCACUGACUCAUCUAUCCAUGUCGAUGUGUCUGUGCAUCUCUAUAUCUCUCUCUCUUUGUCUGUCUGUCUGUGUGCAGGAUUCUCUGUCUCUGCUGCACGGCGAGUUUUCUUUGCUCUACAAGGAGGCCAACGACGAGAGAAGAAACCUACUCAGACAAACCACCGAGUGGGCAAGCCACACGAACAGGCGAGGAUCCACACCGGCAUUUCUGUUUGUCUAAUGGUGCAGGCCGUCUCACUUUCGCACGCUGCAGUCCCACAUUCGCCACGCAUACACACAGGGAAUGGGUACCAACACAUUCACCCUCAAACACACACAUAGGUGUGGCUCUCCAUCUCCCAUCUCAGGCCGCGACACUCGGACCUUCAAGCGCUUCUCCGAGCUGUUCAGAAGGAAGAAAGACGAUACUAACAGACAAACGAAAAAGUACAAAACGACACACACACACACACACACAGACAGCCAGGCGGCACACCACACGGACACAUCCGUCUGUCUGUGUCUCUCUGUGAGUCAGCCAGCAUUCCUUUUUCCGCGUGCUGUGGGCGAGAAACACUCAGAGGCACCAGACAUCGACCUCUCCACCACACAGCCAGGAGUCGAUACAAGACCAGCAAAGCUCCAGCAAAAGAGCGCAAUCGGACGGUAUCGUACGCACAGAGACAGACACGCGACAAGCAUCCGUUGUGUCGUGUGCGUUUAGGUGCGGCCCCCUCCCUCUCUGCUGGUGGUGAGUCGGUCAACAGCCGGUCGUCGCUGGCACCGGAGUCACAGGAGGCAUCCUCGAUCAGACAGAGACCGUCAAGUGGUAUGUGCCUAAUGGAUGAAUAGGCACACACGGAUGUCUGUGUGUGUGUGUGUGUGAGUGUGUAUGUGUGCAGGUCGUUCGUCGAUUCGUGUGCCGGUGCAGCAGCAGUCUGAGCCUCGCUCGAGCCAGCAAGAGGACACACUGCAUGUGAAAAACGUGUGGGCAGACAGCUGACUGAUUUGCUGAGUGCUCUGUGUGGCCUGGCCAUGCGUGAAUGCGAGACGCAUGUGUGCGCGUGUGAAUGGGCUCGACGCUUGACUUGAACGAAUGAAUGCACAGCCGACAUGGACACAUGGAGUCCUCGCUUGUCC